GGAAGGCACAGGAGAGCUUCUAUAGAGAGAGAGAGAGAGAGAGUGAGAGAGAGCAGUGUUUCUCUGCAUCUCUGCCAUGUUUGAGAGGUUCAGUCAUGGCGUGAUGGAAGGGAUUUGGAGAGGGACUUGGCCUCUCUGAAACUUCCAGUUCUUGGCAGCCUUUCUUUUCUCUGUUUCCAUCUUCUCUCUUUUCCUGGAAAGAAAGUGAAAGAAAGUGCAGGAAAAAGGAAGAAAACGGCAGGGAACACUGCAUACCAUCAUUUGAAGUUCUGGGUUUGGCUCAUUUAACCAGCUUGUGGUCUCUCUGGGUGGUUUUCUGGAUACAUUAGGCCCCAUUGACAACUCCCCAUGGGAUUCAAAUGGUCGGAGGAGCUGCAAUUGGUUCCACGUUAAUCAAUGAAUUGGCACAGCAGCUCUCUUAGACUUUCAGUUUCAGGAAAUAACGAUGGUUAAAACAGCUGAGCUCUGCAACUCAAGCCAGAAGCUACAUUUUCCUAGUUGCUGUUUCUGUUGGGUGGCUUCUACUUCCACCCCUUAAUCUGGACUUUCUAUCAGUUCUUUUUGGGCAAAUCUCCUUUGGCAAAACUUACAAGUUUCUCUAUUUGAGAAGUUGGCAAAUCUCCUUUGGCAAUCAGGAGUCUUGAGCGGACUCCCUAAAGCUCUAUUUGGGCAAAUCUCCUUUGGCAUUACAAUCUCUCCAGCUUCUGGAGAGAUUCUAUCUAGGUCUCUGCAUUCAAAGAUCAGAUUGACCUAUAAAAUCACAUUUUUCUUUUUUUGAAGAUAUAUAGCAGUAUUCAGUAUCAUAUAAUUAAUCGACUCAUAUCAUCAGCACUAGUAGAUCCUCUCUACAAUACAUCCAUCUGAAGAUAACAUUUGGGCUGGCAGAGGUGUUUGAUGUUAAAGGUUAUUGCAACUGAUGGAUUUCUUCAGUGAUUCAGACAGUUUCAGUGAGAGCAGCAUCAGUGAGGAGCAGGAUGACAAUGAAAUUUUGUAUGGUGGGCAGGCGAGAAGCAUUCUGUCGAGCCUCAAGGAAACCAUCGGAAAGAUUGAUGAUUUCCUCUCGUUCGAGAGAAGGUUCACACGUGGUGAAUUUGUUUGUUCUGUGACUGACCCUUCAGGGCAGAUGGGCAGAGUGAUCAAUGUUGAUGUGUUUGUGGACUUGGAGAGUCUUCAUGGCAAAAUAAUCACAGACGUGAAUUCCGAAAGGCUCCAAAAGAUCCGUUCCAUUUCUGUAGGGGAUUCUGUUGUGGUUGGGCCAUGGCUUGGAAGAGUGGAUAAAGUAAUUGACACUGUAACCAUUUUGUUUGAUGAUGGUUCAAAGUCCAAGUUUACCACAAUGGGUUCAGGAAAGCUCUUACCUCUUUCUCCAGAUUUGCUUGAAGAUUCAGAGUACCCAUAUUAUCCGGGACAGAGGGUGAGGGUUGAGCUCUCUACAGUUUCCAAGCCGGCCAGAUGGUUAUGCAGUAGAUGGAAGGAAAAACAGGACAAAGGAACAAUUUGUUCGGUGGAAGCAGGUUUUGUGCAUGUCGACUGGCUUGCCUGUGCUCUGGGCAGUUGCGAAAGUGUACCUGCUCCACCAUGUUUGCAGGAUUCAAAAAAUGUGACCUUGUUGUCAUGUUUCUCUCAUGAAAACUGGCAACUUGGUGAUUGGUGUGUACUUCCAACUGCUGAACUUAAAUGUUCGCAGCAGCAGGUUUUUCCAAGUUCAUCUAUUUGUGGCGUCACUAAAGAGCAGAAUCAAUAUCACGGCGGCCAGGAAAUCUUUGUUAUUGUGAAGACAAAGAGCAAGGUUGAUGUUCUAUGGCAGGAUGGCAGCUACUCAACAGGAUUAAGUUCGCAUUCACUGUUUCCUGUAAAUUUUCUAGAUGCUCAUGAUUUUUGGCCCGGACAGUUUGUGCUGGAGAAGGGUACCGGUGAGUAUCCACAUGAUCUUACUGGCCGAAGAUGGGGCACUGUAAGAUGCAUGGAUGCAAAGGAACGGAUAGUCAGAGUGAAGUGGAAAACUCUUCCAGCAAAUCAAGUGAUUGAUUUGGAGGGGGGAGAGCAGAUGGAGGAGACUGUGAGUGCUUAUGAACUUGUCGAACACCCAGACUAUUCCUAUUAUCUUGGUGAUAUAGUGAUUCGGUUGGAAAAGAACCGGUCAAUCGACAAUGCUGAAGGACAGAUCUACGAAAAACACAAGUUCAAAGAAACAGUAGUUGAUGAGGAGGCUGAUCUUGAAAGUGAAAAGUGCAAUGGAGAGAACAAUGGUUACUUGUCCCAUAUUGGCAUUGUUGUGGGCUUGAAAGAUGGGGAUGUUGACGUGAAAUGGGCGAGUGGUCAUAUGACAAAGGUUGCACCUUAUGAAAUCAUUCAAAUUGAUAAACAUGAAGGUUCUUCUCCUACUCCAGUGUUUCAAGGUGAAAAUAUUGAGCUAUUGGCUCAAGAAAUGACGACCAUUGACAUGAACCCAAAAGGAAAGGAGUUUUUCAACCCAGUUCUCUAUUCCCUCCCUGGAGCUGCUAUUGGGGUUUUCAUGAGCAUUAUGAGGAGUAUAUUUGGCUCUUUUGGUUCCAUCUCGCCCUCAGGCAUACCUGACCUCAUGCUAGAAAGGGGGAAUGUAUCAGAGGGGCAUAUAUCAGAGUCUAACAGUGAGGGAGAUGUGCCAGAAUCUUUGAACAUGAGCACAGAAGAGGAAGAAAUGGUAGAAGAUGACUUGCAGUCAUUUGGGAAGACAAAUUUGGAGCAACAAGUCAAAGAUAUACAGGAAGAGAAGGCCCCUCUAUUCUCAUCAGAUUGCAAGUGUCCAGAAGCAUUUAAGCAGUUUGAUAUGGUUACUGAUUGCUUGGACCAUCACUUUGUCGGGAAUUCUUCAAAUGGAUUAAUACUGUCACAGGUGAAAAGGGGUUGGUUGAAGAAGGUUCAGCAAGAAUGGAGCAUUCUGGAGAAAAAUCUUCCUGAAACAAUGUAUAUCCGCGUGUAUGAGGAAAGGAUGGAUUUGUUACGUGCAGUCAUCGUUGGUGCCCCUGGAACUCCAUAUCAUGAUGGACUCUUCUUCUUCGACAUUUUUCUUCCUCCUGAAUAUCCGCAUGAACCACCUUUGGUGCACUACAAAUCCGGCGGUCUCCGUGUCAACCCCAACUUGUACGAGUCAGGCAAAGUCUGUCUUAGUCUCCUGAAUACUUGGACAGGCACUGGAACUGAAGUAUGGAGCCCGGAGAGCUCCACUAUCCUCCAAGUCCUCCUAUCCCUCCAGGCUCUUGUGCUCAAUGAAAAACCUUAUUUUAAUGAAGCUGGAUAUGAUAAGCAUAUGGGAAGAGCAGAGGGAGAGAAGAACUCAAUGAGCUACAAUGAAAAUGCAUUUCUUCUUAGCUGCAAGUCCAUGGUAUAUCUACUAUGCAAUCCUCCCAAGCAUUUUGAGUCAUUUAUAGAGGACCAUUUCAGCAAGCACGCCAAGAAUAUUCUGUUGGCUUGUAAGGCAUAUAUGGAAGGAGCCCGAGUUGGAUGUGCUUUUGGAUACAAAAAAAGCGAGCAAGAAAAUCAACAGGGCAGUUCUACAGGCUUCAAGAUUAUGCUCUCUAAGGUCCUUCCUAAACUAGUGGAAGCAUUUUCUCACAAGGGAAUUGAUUGCAGCCAAUAUGAAGCAUUUUCUCACAAGGGAAUUGAUUGCAGCCAAUAUACUUAUCAAAUGUGAUUUCCAUAAGUAUAAACAUGGGUUGUGUGUGUGUAUACUUAUCAAAUGUGUGUGUGUGUGUGUGUGUAUAAACAUGCAUACAGGCAAGCCUUGGUAGCAACACCAAGGUUGCUCCUUUGUGACCGGUCAUGGGUUCAAGUUGUGGAAACAGCUUUUUUUCACACAAAAAAAAAAAAAAAAAAGCAA